UGGUGAGAGUAUAACAGCAGAGCAGGCUGAGAUCCCAUUCGACUGAAGACCUGCAGUCCAGGCACCUUCAGCUGUGAGCAGUGAUGGGCAACCAAACAACAGGAAGGAAACACGUUGAUUUGCUUUCAGAUCUGCUCCUAAUCUAACCAUGACUGCUCUGGAAAUGUGUAUCAGUACAUUGCUUGGUAUCUUCGAAAAGUAUGCUGGAAAAGAUGGUGACCCAAAUACACUGAGUAACCAUGAAGUGAAAGACCUUCUGAAGGCUGAACUUCCAGGUCUCCUGAAGGACCAGAGUGGCAAAGAGGGCGUGGACAAGAUUAUGAACAACUUGGACUAUAAUAGUGAUGGGCUGAUGAAUUUUCAGGAGUUUGCAGUGUUGGUGAUUUCAAUCAGUGCUUGCUGCCAAAGUUGUCUUAAAGAAAUGUCAAAGAAAAAAUGAAAGGCCUGACAACCAAACAUUUGUAGCCUGCAGCUCUAUUCUCAAGGAAAUGAUUAACUUCUUAACUUUGUACUUUGCUGCACUUAAAUAAAGUAUCUCCUGAAGUGUU